AUGAAGAAGGUGAACAGGAACCCGUCGGGCUCCAGCAAGCGGACGGUGAAGCCAGUGGCUACCACGUCGCCAAGGCCCUCGACAGCCUCGAGCUCAGCUGCCGCCCGAGAGCUAACGGACAGGGCGAACUUCGUGCAGGUCAAGAAGCUGGUCUCGGCAUUCUACAAGACUCCGCAGGAGCUGAAGAUCCCGGGAUGGGACAGGGAGGCGUCGAGGCUGCAGCUCUUCAUGCAUCCUUGUGACCUUGUCCCUGCUGUGGAGGCAGUGAGCAGCGUGGUGGAGCGAGGAGGGGCGACGUCGAUGAGCCUCGUGGUUACGGUGGAGCGGAACGGCCCGCUCACCCUGUUCUACCGGAGGAAGUGCGAGAUCAGAGAGAAGAACGUUCUGACUGCCGUGGAGCAGCCGGAGAUCGUGCCGGUCGCCGCCAUGAAGUUGAUGAAGACCAUCAACAAGUCGCUCGCCAUGCACAACCUGCAGGUCCUCGAGCUGGUAGGGCUCGAGAUCCCGUCGCCAAGCAUGGUGGAGCUGGCCCAAGGGCUGUCGUGCAACAAGAGCCUGGCCACCGUCUGCUUCAAUGACUCUGAGAUCGGAGACAAAGGCCUCCUCGCCGUGCUGCCCUCACUGCAAGAUCACCCCAAGAUCGCCCGGCUCCAGCUCUGCCGGACUGGCAUCACGGACGUGUCGGGGAGGAAACUCAUGGAGAUCCUGAGGGUUCAAGCUGAGCGGCAGACUCUGCUGAAGUGGGAGAACAGCCUCAGGAAGGAGGCGCAACCGUCAGCCCACGGGGGAGGCGUCAGAGUCAUCGCCGUGUCCCAUAACGACCUAGGAUCGGAGACGUUCCUGGCCCUGGUCAACGUGCUGGGGCUUGAGAGCAGCCUCAAGGAGAUCUAUGCCAGAGGCUGCAACCCUUGCCUUCAAUCUUCCAAUGAACUCCAGCGAUGUCUCGACGAUACCACGGCGAUACGCAUCUUCGACCUGCGAGAGGCGAGGAAUGUACCGGGAUGGAUCUACGACGCGAGAUCCCAUACUUCCCUCAUCUUCGAGAGGUCCGAUCUUGGCCAGCACAGCUGCUCCGUGUCCAGCGAAAGUUUGCAGGAGACCUCGCAACCAGUGAUCCCUGAUCCUGCAAGGAACCGGGAUCCUGCAAGCUAUGAUGGCCAUGGAGCGAGAAACGAUGAUGUGGCAAUGGAAAAGUUCAAAGUGAAGAGUGGAAUGACGACGGAAAGUAUGUCAAGCACGAUCAAAUAUCGAGACAACUGCGUUCUACCUUGCCAGCCGAGAGAGAUCAGAAGCCUGUCAGACGAGCUGAAUGCCAGCAAGGGGACAGUACGAGGAAUCCCCCGGCAGAGGAGCUGCGAAGACUUGCUCGGUGACUUCGCGCGCAGCGCAGCCAAACGUCGACCGUUCCGCACGCAGCUGAAGAGGGUCGACUGUCUGCUCGACGACCCGUGGAACGUUGCGCUGCUAAGGGCUCACCAGGAGCUGAUUACUGCAAGGCUGGACCGUCAACAACGAGAACAGGGGAGGGGAGACGAGCUUGACUCGUCCGAUGACGAGUGGACCAAGUCUUUGGAGAGGACCAUUGGAGUGAUUGCUGAAAAGGUAGAGGCUCUGGAGGCAGCGCGAGAUCGCAAGGAAGGGAGCAGGGAGCAUGGUCAGACGUUGAAGUUGCCGCAAGAAGAUGUGGACUGUAGCAUACAGAGCUCCAGGGGAAGCAGAAUGUCCGAUUCCUUGGAGCUGGUGGCUGGGAGGCUGGAGGAGAUGUGGGGAGGAGAUUCGGAGGAGGACUAA